AUGGACAACUUAUCGCGAAUAAUGGGAUACACCGCGGUCGUUCUUCCCCUUUUCCAUCAACUUAAUUUCGAGAUGAAUGUCGCGUUGGUAGCACACCUUUUCAUCGUGCUGCUCUUCUUUGAGUUAAUGGUGACAAGCGUGAACGCGAUUUUCUUUUCGUCUUUCCUGUCCACGUCGAAAGCGAAAACAAACUUCCCAACGCCAGCUAAGCAAAAGCCUCAUAUCAUCGUCAUUCUUGCCGAUGACAUGGGGUGGAACGACGUAAGCUUUCACGGAUCAAACCAAGUCCCCACGCCUAACAUCGACGCCCUCGCAUACAAUGGUAUCAUUUUGAAUAAUCAUUACGUUCCUGCCUUGUGCACUCCGAGCAGAUCCGCUUUAAUGACCGGAAAAAAUCCGAUACAUCUGGGCAUGCAACAUUCUGUUCUCUACGCAGCUGAACCACGAGGGCUCCCCCUAAGCGAAAAAUUACUACCCGAGUACUUGAAAGAAAUAGGCUACAGAACACACGCCGUGGGAAAAUGGCACUUAGGAUACUUCAGAAAGGAGUAUACUCCGACGUAUCGUGGAUUUGAGACACAUUUUGGGUACUGGAACGGUCUUCAGGAUUAUUACACGCACAUUGUGCAAGAACCAGAUCCGCAAUUCAGCCAGUUCAGAGGCUUCGACAUGAGACGAAAUCUCACAGUGGCAUGGGACACCGCAGGAAAAUACGCGACAGAUCUAUUCACAAACGAAGCUGUACGACUAAUUAACGAACACAACACUGAUGAACCAAUGUUUCUAUAUCUAGCCCACCUGGCUCCUCAUAAAGGAAAUAAUAAUCAACUAUUGCGAGCACCCGACGAAGAGAUUGCCAAAUUUUCAUACAUCCUUGACCCCGAAAGAAGAAUCCAAGCAGCUGUCGUGUCGAAAUUAGAUCAAAGCGUCGGCGAAGUGAUGGAUGCACUACGAAGUCGCGGCAUGUUGGAGAACAGUAUAGUACUCUUCAUGAGCGACAACGGUGCACCGACAGAGGGUUUCCUGAGUAAUCAAGGCAGCAAUUACCCUCUUCGAGGCAUGAAGGACAGUCCAUGGGAAGGUGGGACGAGAGGAGUUGCAGCUAUCUGGAGUCCUCUCAUUAAAAAGUCUAAAAGAGUCUCGAAUCAAAUGAUGUUCGUGUCCGAUUGGCUUCCAACACUCCUGUCUGCAACAGGAGUGAAUGGGAAGCAACUUGGGAACAUCGAUGGAUUCGACCUCUGGCCGACUUUGGUAUCGGAUAAGAUCAGCUUUAGAUCCGAUGUAGUGAUCAACAUCGACGAUCUUAGUAAUUAUGCCGCUAUCAGACGUGGCGAUUUUAAAUAUGUUAUUGGUCAGACAGAAACUGGUGGUGCCUGGGUCGGAGCAACUGGAGAAUCAUCUGAAGGGAUUUCUCCGCGAUACGACCCCGAUAAAAUAUUGUACAGCAAAACGGGUGUCGCCAUUUCCGGUGUAAUUACCGCCAGACAAGCAAUGGAAUUAAAUGAAAGAAGAAAGAGAAGUGCACGAAACAUAAACAAUACUCCUCCGAAAACUAAUUUCCAAGAGAAAAUACUCACCGCCGAAAACAUUUCCGAAUUGCGAAAGAAAGCACAGAUAAAAUGCAACGUUAAAGAGAAAGACAGAAUUUCUUGCGACCCUAUGAAAGCACCGUGUCUCUUCAAUAUAGAAAAAGAUCCUUGCGAAAUGGUGAAUCUUGCUGACAGAAGACCAGUGAUCUUGGCUAUCUUAGAAAGAAUUCUGAUGAAGUAUAGAUUAACAGUGAUACCGCCUAGUAAUUUGGACGGAGACCCCAGAGCGGAUCCAUCACUUUGGAAUAAUACUUGGACCAGUUGGGACGAACCUAAUCCGUUAGCACUUGCUUAUCUGAAUACUGAAGAAUUUCAACAGUAUUCCGGUCCAGCGAUCGCACUGAUGUCUAUCAUUUUUGGUCUUUUCGUUGUCGGAAUAAUGACGCUGCUUGCUUUGAAGUGUGGAAAAAAUAACUCGAGCAACUUAGAAAAUUCUGAAUAUCAGAAUUAUCGUGAAGACGUCAGUACUACAAACGGCAACGAAGAAUCAUUUCCUAUGUCUAGAAUUAUACCAAAUAUGAGACAAAAUGGUAUGCCUAAACACAAACAAAUAAAUUGACGAUUUCGAACGAGAUACACGAGAAUUGA